UGGCGAUAUGAACUUUCGGUAGCGACCCGUUUAAGUGAGGACGAGCAGUUCACAGCAGAAGGAGGAGAACAUCCUCUUCUUCCAUGUGGGGGUGGGGGGUAGGAGUCCUGUUUCUGGUCUGGUUAGGCCAAAAACUGGAUCUAUAAAGAUGAUGAUCGGGUCGAGGACUUCUAGGAGGACUUGGUUCUGGUUCUGUGCUUAGGAAGGGCUCCUGUGUGCUUUUUCUCCAUGGUCCUUCUGUCAGACCCGGCUCCUCCAAGUCAGAGGUCCUGUUGGACCUCAGUGGUUCAGGUUUGGUGUCUGCAGACCCUCGUGUUCAUCAGAACCAGCAGCGUCUGACCUCUUCCUGUCGUUGGCAGAUUCCAGACACGAGUAACAUGUCACCUCAGGUUCCGGCGUGAACCCCCCACCCCAUACCUUUUCAGGCCCGCCACCUUCGAAGGCGGGCCCUGAUUGGCUGGAACUGAUGGGAGAAAAUGGCGAGCACCCUGAGCUGAAAGCUGCCCUUGUUUUCCGCCUCCCCCUGGGCGUUCAUUUCUGCGUUGUGAACGUGACCCCGCCCCCUUUGUGUUGCUGUGGAGUACUAUGGCAAUGCAUGAUAUGAGUCGUGCCAAGGGUUUCCCCUGUAAAGAAUGUGAUAUGGUCUGUCCGAGCACACCAAGCCUUCUCGAGCAUAUGAAAGCACAUUAUCAGCUGGAAGACAGCCCCCGUUUUGAGUGUGAACAGUGUGGUCGCAUUUACAAGCACGCCGCCAGCUUAGCCAAUCACAAGAAGUCUCAUGAAGUGGGUUCAUUUCAGUGCCCAGUUUGUACACGCACUCUGCCCAACGCUGUGGCACUGAAGAAUCACUUACGGAUACAUACCUUGUCCCCUAGCAGCGCACACGCUGAGGAGGAGACUGAGGAGGUUACAGAGGAAGCAGGCCACGACGACAGGGACUACGGUCUCGCCCAGGACCUGUCGGGUGGGUUUGGGCGCUCUGGUUUGAACAAUAGUGGUAUGGGACAUAGUGUCCUGUCAGGCCACGAAGCUGAGGACAAGAAAAGCUCCCCUGAAUCAGACGACGCCUGGGACAGGCCUUUCAAGUGCGACCAGUGCGACAGAACCUACCGGCACCACGGGAGUUUGGUGAACCACAAGAAGUGCCACCAACAAGGGAACUUUAAGUGCUCCGUGUGUUUCAAACAGUUAACCAACCUGGCUGCCCUGAACAGCCACGAGAGAACUCACUCUAAGUUCAAAACGCCGGGGGCUACAAUGGUGAGCAGUAGCAGCAGUAGCAGCAGCCUCCACGACUCGGACCGUGGGGCCGGCCCACAGUCGUCUCAAAGCGACGACACGGCUUCCAGCUUCUGCCACCUGUGCCAGAUCUCGCUGCCCAGCAAAGCCGACUUCCAGGAGCACAUCCUGCUGCACAACACGGCUUCCCCCUCCCUUAGCCAGCGCAGCUUCCCCGGUAUCAUGGCUCACAACCUGAGCACAGUUCGAUCCCCAGCGUACACCCCUGCGCUGGGGGACCCCCUACCACUGCCUCCACUUCCCACUGAAAAAAGAGGCCCCUAUGACCCCAUAAUGGGACCCCCAGUCAACAACCCCAUCUUCACUUGUGCGUAUUGUGGCGCUGGACACCCGGACUUAGAGUCUUUGAAAGUUCAUUACCUGACUCAUGACCCCCACCCGCCUUCCCACAGUCAGGAAAGCUCCAUGUUAAAUUCUGACACCCUGAGCUCGGGCUCUCAGGGUUCAGUGGCCUCUCCUUCAGGUGGACGUGUGCCACAAGCCAAUUCUCCAGACGAUGAAGAGCGCCGCUUCAAGUGUGGCGAAUGUGGCAAGAGCUACCGGCAUGCUGGAAGUCUGGUCAAUCACAAACGCUGCCAUCAGACUGGCCACUACCAGUGCACCAUCUGCUGCAAGCAAUACCCCCACCUGGCAGCGCUGCACAGUCACCUGCGCAGCCAUAAGGGGCGUCCUUCCAACCAUCCAAUCAGUAGUGACAGCGGCGACUGGCUGUCUCCAGAGCCACUUACGCUGGAGUCCCAGCAGAGCUACGUCCAGGAGGGCAGCGGUGCCACCACACCAAUUUCACUGCCAGGGAACCUCGGCGAUGCUGGCCACUUUGUGCCAGACGGCGGCCACAGUAGCGGUCUGGACUCUUUGGAGUUCCAUGACCGCUUUGAUGGCAGCUCGCUCUCCCAGAGCAGCUCUGCUCAUCGGCAGGCCGACAGACACAUGUGUGCCGACUGUGGAGAGAUAUACGGAGAUGUUUCUGGCAUCAAGUCGCACAUGUGUCCUCGCCGUGGUCAGCAGGCUCCCCCACAGCAGCAGCAGCAGGGCAACAUGUCCAAUGGCUUCAUGGGAAAUAUGAGCUACCACGGCUCUGGAGGAACCUCACUGCCUUCUGGGAGCUCCAGCAGCAUGAAGGAAGGCAGCCAGAGAGUGUUCUCCCAGAGUUCCAGCAAGGCCAUGGGUGUCAGCACCAAGGAGGACGACGAUGACGGUGAAGUGUACCAGUGCUCGGUUUGUGGCAACCACUAUGCCAGCCUCAGAGCCCUAAGGAGCCACCUGCGCAGUCAUGCCAACAACCCAACUGGACCAGGACCGUCCAGUCUGGAGCAGGGCUGGAGGAUGAUCUGCUCCACCUGUGGCCAGAGCUUCUCUCGGAAACAAGACCUCCUGAAUCAUCAGUUGAUCCAUGGCCCCCAGAGGCCUGACGGCCAGCAGGGUAUUGCCAGUAGCUCUACCAACGGGGACAACAAAAUAGACAGCCGUAACCACAUCUGUGUGGACUGUGGUCUGUUCUUUGCUGAUCGCCAUCACCUGGUUACCCACCUGUGCCCGGGAAAGAACCAGACAAUGAACAAGGCGAGUCUAAACGGGGCCAAAGGCAUGUCUGCAGAGGGUGUUGGGGGAGCAAACCGUGACGUGGUGGCGGACGGGCACAGGCCCAUGGUCGACCAGAGUGACAAACCCCACAAGUGUGACCAGUGUGGACGAGGAUACAGACACCCCUGCUCACUGCUCAACCACAAGAAGUCCCACAAGACGGGCGUCUUCCGCUGCCUGGUCUGCCAGAAACGCUACUACAACCUGCUGGCUCUGAAGAACCACCAGAGGACCCACUUUGACCUGAAGAGGCACAAGUGUGAGGAGUGUGGAAAAGCCUUCAAGAUCCAGAAGCAGCUCAUCAACCACCUCCGCCUCCACGAGGAGCACCGGGCCAAAGGGCUUGUCCGGACCGGCCCCAACGGGUCCCGCUUCCAGCAGCCGGGCCCGUCUCAGAUGCAGGCCAUGAGAGGAGAGCCUUCUAAGGGUCAGGUGAUGGGGGUCAAGUAUCCAAACCAGGGCUUCAAGAAGCCAUACUCAUCAGCGGGCACCUCCAGGCCGCAAAAGUUCGAUCCUGCCGAAAGUGGGCGUCGGCCUUUUGCCUGUGAGGAGUGUGGGAAGACCUACCGCCACGCCGGCAGCCUGGCCAACCACAAAAACCUUCACAAAAUUGGCGAGUACCACUGCAACGUCUGCAACUCCACGUAUCCCAACAGGCUGGCCAUGAAGAACCACUUGCGCCUCCACUUCGCUCAGAAGAAGCACAACUGCCAGGAGUGCGGCAAAGGUUUCCGCACGCAGCGGCAGCUGGCCACCCACACUACAGCGGGCCUGUGCAAGGGCCCGCAGGGCCCCGGGGCCCAGAUGGAUUUUGAGUGUGACGGCUGCUGCGAAGGCUUUGCCACCGCCGACGAGCUGUCGGCUCACGACUGCCCCGCCCAACACCUACCCUCCUCGUCCUCCACCAACAGUUCUUCCACUGUCAACGUGGAUCGGAGCUCGGUGGACCUGGACUCGGACGAGAGGCCGUACGCCUGCGACCUGUGCAGCUGCACCUAUAAGCACGCCAGCUCCCUGCUCAACCACAAGCACACCCACAAGACCGGCAACUUCCGCUGCAACUUCUGUGACAAGCCCUACACCAACUACAUGGCACUGCGCAACCACAUGCGCAUCCACACACAGCGCAAGAAACACAUCUGUCACACCUGCGGGAAGGCCUUUCGCCUGGCGCGGUUUCUGCGCAACCACCAAAAGGUGCAUGAAGAAGGUGCCACCCCCUUCGGCUGCCCCUCCUGUGGGAAGAGCUUCCAGGGGAGGUCUGGCCUGGCUCGGCACCGGUGCGGGGACAACCAGGUAGGCAUGGAGGUCAGGAGGAAACCCGCCACGCCCGUGGGAGAGGGAGAAGAUUGUCGGUACACAUGUGACCAGUGCGGCCGGUCCUACCGCCAUGCCAGCUCCCUCCUCAACCACAAGAACACCCACACCGUCGGCGUCUACCACUGCGCCGUGUGCCUGAAGACUUACUCCAACUUGCUCGCCCUCAAGAAUCACCGCCGCAUCCACUCCGAAACACGCCGCCACUGCUGCCACGACUGCGGGAAGGCCUUCCGGGUGUCCUCGCAGCUCUACAACCACCGGCGCGUCCACCAGAAGCAGCGUGAGCUGACCUGCCGGUGCUGCCAGCGGGCCUUCCCCACGCAGGCCAGCUUCAGACUCCACAUGGAGAUCACACACGGCCAGCCGCCGCAGCCCAGGACCCAGCAGCCCCGCCCCGGGGGCUCCCAGGAUCUGGGCUGGGGGUCGGGCCUUGACCUCACUCUCAUGCAAGAGCAAGGACUGGUCCCUAGAGCCCCAGACAAAGGCCGUCACCAGGGGGGCGAGGGUCAAGUUGAGAAGCCCUACGUGUGCGACCAGUGUGGGCGGUCCUACCGGCACGCCAGCUCGCUGCUCAACCACAAGAACAGCCACAAGACGGGGACUUACUUCUGCUCCUCCUGCCAGAAGGAGUUCCCCAACCUCAUGUCCCUGAAGAACCACCGCCGGAUCCACACAGAGCCCAAGCGGUACCAGUGCCCCGACUGCGGGAAGUCGUUCCGCGUGUCCACACAGCUCAUCUGCCACCGCCGCAUCCACACCAAGGAGAAGCCCUUCAGCUGCCAGCACUGCGACAAGCGCUUCUCCUCCAAGUCCAACCUGCGGCACCACAUGAAGGUGCACUGGAGCGGCCCCACGCCACCUCCCGCUGUGGCCCCGCCCAACUACCUGGGCAUGCCCGGGGGGCCUUUUAUAUAGGCGUGUGUGCAGGGAGGGGUCACAUGACUCGUAAGGUGCCAAAUUGUAGCCUGACCCAAACAUAUCUCCUUACACAAAAAGGAACCAGCGCCAAGGACUGAGCAGAACCUGGACAGGUCCUCAUGGACCCGUAUGGGGGGGCCAUCCAUCCCCGUGGCUUUUGUGAGACUCAUGUGGGCGUGGAUUCAAUUUUUGUUGUUUUCUGAACUGGGUUUCCUCAGACACAUAUAGUGUGGGCGGACCCGGGCUUUUGGACCUUAAAGUAGUUUGUGAACUCUGAGCUGGAGCUGCUCAGUGUGUAUGUGUGUGUGCAUGUGUGUGUGUGGGCGCGUGUGUGUGUGUGUGUGUGUGUAGCACAGAGCUUCAGGAUCACACUUGUGGAUUUGUGUCAAGGAUCCAGGCUCUGAACCAGCCCGGUUCAGUUUCUGUAAGCUGGAGGGCGCAGGAUUCAGUUCUUGGGGAUGAACUCAGUGGUCUCAGUUUGGAUGGAGUCUGGUGGUGAAGGUGGUUCCACCUGUGCAGGUGUAGGAGGGUUGGGACGCAGACAGGAAGUCGGUCCCGUGGCACUGCAGCUACCACACAGAGUCCCUGAGGUGGAGAGGAUUCUAUGAGAAUCCACUCAGAGGGUCCUGCUUCAGUUCGGACGUGUUCGACACGCUGCGACCUCCUGACCUCAAGACUGAGUGGCAAACAGGAACAGCUCUGACCAGCUGGGCGGAGUCUUCUGUCAGUUUCAAGCUUGUGUUUCGUUGGAUUCCCCGACCCGACAGAACCACAUCAUUUCCUGCAUUUGACUGGACCGGCUGGUUCUGUUUACCUCCAACAUGAACACAGCGCCACCUGUUGUCCAACGUUGACUCCACAGCCGCUGAUGAGGGUUUAGAACCGAGUCCUCGCGUGUGACCAGGAGGAGCCAGACUUGAGCAGGACCGGAACAGCCUCCCGACACCCCCUCUUCUUCCAUAUUUAUCUCCUGUCAGCGUUGGAGGCCCCCAUCUGGGCGCCCCCCCUGUAUUUAUUGGUGUUCCUUUGCUCUUAUUUAAGCCUCCGUGUGUCCGUCAGCGUGUUCAGGAGCGCUGCUGCUAGAAAUGAUAACCGUGAAAGCCGUGCAGUGACGUCCAGUGCCGUAGGAGUCCGUGUGAACUAGAACACAAACAUAUUAACUGUGCAUUCGCCGUCUUCUUCCUCCUCCUCCUCCUCCUCCUCGGUUCCUUUGGACACCUCCUGCCUGCAUUUCUGUAGUUUAGAGAAGAAGGUUUGGAGCAAAUGUACCCUCAUUUUUAAAGCUCUAACGUUCUGAUUCAUGCAUAUAUAUGUAAUGCUUACUAUACACUUUUAUAAACUAUGUUUUGAUAAUUCAUUUCUUAACAGAAACUUGUCCAUAAACUAUAACCCUUACUGCUGAGUACUGGAAUAAAUAGCUGAGAAAACCUUU